AUGGCGGAGUUGCCAGCGCGCCUUGCAGUCAAUGGUCUCGGAUUCAGCGUAUUCAACACGCUCCUGCUUAGCAGUGUCCAGUACAUUGCGCAGCUGAUCCUCGUCAUUAUCGGAACUCUGGACAGCACAUACCUUACCAACUGCCGCACUCUGUUCAUGAUGUGGAAUUAUUCCAUUGCCAUUUCAGGCGUCGCCAUGAUUCGCUACGUCCCGGCCGAGAUGCGCUGGGCAAAGUUUGCCGGCAUAGUCAUGGCUGCUGCUUUUAGCGCCAACUUUCCUCUUGUCAUGUCUCUUAUGUCGGGCAACUUUGGCGGCUUCUCCAAGAAGACGACCGUCAAUGCAUUGCCCUUUAUUGCGUAUUGUGCUGGAAACAUUGUCGGUCCGCAGCUGUUCUUCUCGUUGGAGAAGCCGACGUGUAACUCUGGCUUCUUUGGCGUCUUGGUCUGCAUGAUUUGUGCCUUUUCAAUUACGCUGUGCAUUCGUCUUUAUCUCAUCCGGGAAAAUCACCAGAGGAAUACUUCUGUCAGCUCUGAACAGGUGCAGGAGUGUAUGGACGCGCAGGCAGACGUCAUGGUUAACCUGAUGGAUCGAACAGACAAGGAGAUCCCUCAGUUUAGAUAUGUCUACUAG